CGUGCGUGGCUCACUGGCCUGGAAGCGGGGGACCUGCGAGGUGUGCUGGCGGCUGGAGCAGCGAGGGACCCGCGGCCAUGGCUCCCAACGUGCCCACGCACACACACGCUGACGAGUACCCGAAGGGCAUCCGAGCCGUGCUGCUAGGGCCGCCGGGGGCUGGCAAGGGCACCCAGGCACCCAAAUUAGCCAAAAACUUCUGUGUCUGCCAUUUAGCUACCGGGGACAUGCUGAGGGCGAUGGUGGCUUCUGGAUCAGAGCUGGGGAAAAAGCUGAAGGCCACGAUGGACGCCGGGAAGCUGGUGAGUGAUGAAAUGGUCGUCGAACUCAUCGAGAAGAAUUUGGAGACCCCACCAUGCAGAAACGGUUUCCUCCUCGACGGCUUCCCUCGGACCGUGAAGCAGGCAGAAAUGCUCGAUGAGCUCAUGAAGAAGAGGAAAGAGAAGCUGGAUUCUGUGAUCGAGUUCAGCAUCCCCGACUCUCUGCUGAUCCGGAGGAUCACAGGAAGGCUGAUUCAUCCAGCGAGUGGCCGUUCCUACCACGAGGAGUUCAACCCCCCGAAGGAAUCCAUGAAGGACGAUAUCACGGGGGAGCCGCUGGUCCGUCGAUCAGACGAUAAUGAGAAGGCCUUGAAGAUCCGGCUGGAAUCCUACCACACGCAGACCACCCCCCUCGUGGAGUACUACCGCAAACGGGGCAUCCACUCUGCCAUCGACGCCUCCCAGACCCCUGAUGUCGUCUUCGCGAGCAUCCUAGCAGCCUUCUCCAAAGCCACAUGUAAAGACCUGGUUAUGUUUAUCUAAUGUGGGGUUGGAGAGAGUCCUUUCCUCUUCCUGUUCACGUGGGGGGAGUGGUGGGGACGGCAGAGCAGACAGAGGGGCUUCCUCAGGCCAGCAAGAGUGUCACCUUAUGUCCUGAUUAAAAGCACUUGCUUCAUGGA